GGAGUGGGCGGGAAUUCCCGGCGCGGGGCCGGAACUGAGCGGAUACCAUGGAGUGAGACCCUGGAGAGGUCUCAGAGUCACUGGAGCUCCUACCAGCACCAUGGGGCCAUGGGGAGAGCCAGAGCUCCUGGUGUGGCGCCCAGAGGCUGUAGCCUCCGAGCCCUCAGUGCCUGUGGGGCUGGAGGUGAAGAUGGGGGCCCUGGUGCUACUUUUGGUACUCACCCUCCUCUGUAGUCUGGUGCCUAUCUGUGUGCUGCGCCGGCCCGGUGCUAAUCAGGAAGCCUCAGUUUCCCGCCAGAAAACUCUGAGCCUAGUAAGCUGCUUCGCUGGAGGUGUGUUUUUGGCCACUUGUCUCUUGGACCUGCUGCCUGACUACCUGGCUGCCAUAGAUGAGGCCCUAGCAGCCCUGCAUGUGACGCUCCAGUUCCCCCUGCAAGAGUUCAUCCUGGCUAUGGGCUUCUUCCUGGUCCUGGUGAUGGAGCAGAUCACACUGGCUUACAAGGAACAAUCUGGGCCACCACAUCGAGAGGAGACAAGGGCUCUCUUGGGAACAGUAAAUGGUGGGCCUCCGCAUUGGCAUGAUGGGCCAGGGGUCCCACAGGCAAGCGGAGCUCCAGCAGCCCCCACAGCCCUGCGUGCCUGUGUCCUGGUCUUUUCCCUGGCCUUGCACUCAGUAUUUGAGGGGCUGGCUGUGGGGCUGCAGCGAGACCGAGCCCGGGCCAUGGAGCUGUGUCUGGCUUUGCUACUCCACAAGGGUAUCCUGGCGGUCAGCCUGUCCCUGAGGCUGCUGCAGAGUCACCUAAGAGUACAGGUGGUGGCCGGCUGUGGGAUCCUCUUCUCAUGCAUGACACCUCUUGGCAUUGGGCUGGGUGCUGCUCUGGCAGAGUCAGCUGGGCCUUUGCACCAGCUGGCCCAGUCUGUGCUGGAGGGCAUGGCAGCUGGCACCUUCCUCUAUAUCACCUUCUUGGAAAUCCUGCCUCAGGAGUUGGCUACUUCUGACCAGAGGAUCCUCAAGGUCAUUCUACUCCUGGCAGGUUUUGCCCUGCUCACUGGCUUGCUUUUUGUCCAAAUAUAGGGAGCUUUUAAGAGAAGGGCAGGGGAGGUUGACUAUCAGAGGCUCCUGCCCUCCCUCUGCCCCCCCUAUUGUGUGGAGUAAGAAAGAAUUGGGAAUCGAGUUUUCUAAAAUGAGAGAUCUCUGGGAGGUAAGGAUGAAGUAUCUGGGACAUGGAGUAAUGAGAAGGAAGUGAGCUUGAAAAGAGGUCCCAAGCCCAAGUGACAAGAGAUGGCCAACUCACUAGAAACAUAAUCAGGGGACAUUAGGAUUGGGCAGACCCUGAUUGCUAGGAUCAAGCCAGGUACUACCUUAGGCACAAGGUGGCAUUUGGGAGGCCAGAGGCAGCUGUAGGAUAGCCGAAUGGAGAAGACACAGACCUAGAAUGAGUCCAUUUUAAAGCACUCUGAUACUUGAAGUAGACUCAUUCUACUUUUUUUAGUUCCUACACUUGUGUCCCCCUUCCUUCCCCUAGUGCCAAAUGAUCUCUGCCAGUUUUGAUAACUUGUCUGGCCUCUCCAGUCCUGUUCACGCUUCUAUUUUUAAAGUGCCAAAUGCGGUCCCCCUUCCCUUUUCAGGAAAGCACACAGUGAUAAUGGCACUGGGCUCUACCCAGCACCUCAGUGGAGGAGACCUCUUAUUUGCUCUGAUUUUGGUCCCAGAAUCUGGGGUGGGCAGAAAUGUUUCCUGGACUGGGCUUGAGUGAGGAGUGAUGGGUAAUCACCUACCACUGCCACACUUUAAGAAUACACAAAGAGUGGACAUGGUGCCCCUCAUCUAGAUAUUAGCUGCCAAAACUUUUUUACUCCUGAGGAGCCCAUGGGGGUGGGGUGGGGGGCUUAUUUUCAUGGCACGGGGG